AUGGCGAUCCCAGAAGUUGCUGUCGGCGGCGUAGUUGCAAAUGUGAUUCUCGCCGUCUCUGCUACUAUCAUCGUUUCCUUACGCUUCUACGCCCGGAAACGAAGUAAGCUGCCCUUGAAAUCUGACGAUUGGCUGAUUCUAUUCUGCUUGCUUUUCCUCUUCUCUGCUCACCCUGUUGCCGCUUACUGGAAUACACCACCCGAAUUAAUCGGCACCCAAUUUAUUCUCGAUGUCCCAAAUCUCGUCAUCGCUUGUGCUGCUGUGGAUAUCUUUCUUGAUAUAGCAGUUCUAAGUCUUCCUUUUCCAGUAAUCAAGGGUCUACACAUGCCGACCGAGAAGAAGUUCUAUGUUUCUGGUGUCUUCCUUCUUGGUGCCUUCUGUCUCAUCUCAUCUUGCAUCAGACUUUACUACUCCGUGAAACUAUUCGGAACAAGUACACCCGACCUCAAACUCGACGAAGAAGUUUACCUCUGGGCGCACAUCGAAGCCUACGCCUCAACAAUAACAGCCUGUCUCCCGUGCCUCGCACCUCUCCUUCGUGGCGGCCGCAACCUCGGCAGCAUGAUCGGCAGCGUACGAUCUAUAUUCUCCAUUCGCAGCAAAAACAGUUCCCUAUUCCGAAAACCAUCUUCUGAUUCCAAUUCCAACAAUACACCAAGUCCGGUCUCCGAAAAAGCACCUUGGAAUGAGGAUGGACCGACGUCGGUUGUUACAGGCGGAGCUAAGGAUUUGGAAAGCCAGAAAUAUCCAAAGGAGAGAAUUCUGGUUGAGAAGAGCUUUGUUUCGGCUGCGGGUUCGAUGGUUAAUUGA